AGUCAAAACUGGUUGCGCAGCCGUAAAUUCAAAACACACUGAGAGUCUGAGAGCAGAGAAGGCAAAAAUGCCGAGCUUCCCCCAACCGGGUUCCGUCACCGUCUGCGAAAUCAAUCGCGACCUCGUCACUUCCGAAAGCCUGUCGGACGAUGGAGCCAAAGAAACCUACGGCAAGAUUCUGGGAAUGACUUUCAGUCCGGUUCCAUUUCAAUCCGAGGUUGUUGGGCCUCCACCCACUCCCGACCGUGAACCACCUCUCUCAUCAAAGGGUCUCCUUCAAAGCCUACAAAGCCUCUUCCGCCCUAACCAUGUCAACUUGUUACCGGAAGUUGAUCUUCAGGGGCUGAGCUGGCACCCACAUAAACAUGUUGUAGCGUUUAUAUCCAGCUCAAAUCAGGUUCUGGUUCGAGACUACGAGGAUUCGGAAGGGAAGGAGCCGUGCAUUUUGGCAAAUGAAUCGCAGAAAGGGGUAAAGCUACUUGAGUGGAGGCCAAAUGGUGGGAGAACACUUGCUGUGGCGUGUAGUGGUGGGAUCUGCGUCUGGUCUGCUUCUUUCCCCGGGAGUGUUCCGUCUGUGAGAUCAGGUCUUUCUUCCUUCUUGGGAACUCUCUCCAGAGGUUCUGGAACCCGAUAUACUUUGGUGGAUUUUCUUCGGAGUCAUGACAAGGAACAGAUCACUGCACUUUCCUGGAGUCCUGAUGGAAGAUAUCUGGCUUCUGGUUCUUAUGAGAGUUCAUCAUUCACCAUAUGGGAUGUUGCUCAAGGGACUGGGACGCCAAUUCGACGCGGACUAGCUGGCAUAUCAAUACUGAAGUGGUCAACAACUGGCGAUUACUUUUUCUCUGCAAAAUUUGACGGAACGUUUUGUCUUUGGGAGACAAACACAUGGGCAUCUGAAUCGUGGUCAUCAACUAGCGGCUUUGUAAAGGGAGCAUCAUGGGAUCCUGAUGGGCGUAUGAUACUUCUUGCUUUCUCUAAAUCUUCAACAUUGGGCUCCAUUCAUUUUGCUUCAAAGCCGCCAUCACUGGAUGCGCACCUACUACCUGUUGAAUUACCAGAAAUUACAGCCUUAACAAACAGUCAAGGCAUUGAUAAGAUAGCUUGGGAUGCAUCGGGAGAGCGAUUGGCUGUAUGUUUUAAAGACUGUGAUGAGUUGUAUAGUGGUCUGAUUGCCAUCUAUGAUGUUAGAAGGACACCUCUCAUCUCUGCAUCAUUAAUAGGGUUUAUCAGAGGACCUGGGGAGUAUCCAAAGCCUAUAGCAUUUUCAUUUCAUGACAAGUUUAAGCAGGGACCAUUGCUUUCUGUGUGUUGGAGUAGUGGAUUUUGCUGUACCUACCCUCUGAUAUUUCGUUCCCAUAUUCUUCCCUAGUUUGUUCUUGAAUUGCUCUCUACCACCGAUGAGGUUUUUUGUACAUGAUUUUUGUAAAAUUGAGUAAUGUAAACCUGGAUGUUUGAGUUCUCUUCAUUGUUGAAGUAUGAAUGAGGAUGUUAGUCAUUGGUUUCAACUUUCAAGUUCUAACAAUGAAUUACAAGUACGUUAUUGUUACGAAGAUUUCCUGUCGACAGAAUUUUCAGA